UUAAUUUUCAGAAAACGUUUCUUUAUCCUAUCAUCUCUCUGCACCAUCUUCUUUGUAAAGUAUUUCCGUCAGCCCCGAGUCUGUCCUGACAAAGUUGAAUAAUCACCCAUCUGAAAAGAUGGAAACUGGAGGAAAAAAAAUCUAACUUGUUAACCAUGUGAUGAUACAGGGACUGACAUCCUCACUUCCCUUGAAAAAAAUGCUGCCGUGUGAACAGACAUGCUUUCACACACGCCCACAGGCAGCAUGUUGGUGCAUGUCUUGUUAAAGCACUACUGGUGAUGUGUGUCUUUCACAUCAUUUCUCACAGGUGUUCUUUUUUUUUUUUCCUGAAACAUGACCUAACAUUUAACCCACCCCUGUAACACAUUCUCUCCUCUAACUUUGAUUUGACUAAUCGGUUCUCUCUCUCGUUGUUCCCUCUUCCUCUUUUCCUUCUACCUUCUCUUUGGAUUUAAACUUUUAACACUCUUCAUCAACCCUUUCUCUUGUCCUCUGGUCUCUAUCUCUUUAUCUACACACUCCACUCUUUCUUGUUGUCUCUCUCUUUCCCUCUCAGGGAGGGAUGUAUGGGGAGAGGCAGGCCUCUUUGCCUCUAAUGGAUUCUUACGAUGAAAAACUGAUUGUGUGCAUCACAAGACGACAGCCUCCUCCCACCUACUGCCCUUGCUGAACUGACAAUGAGGGACCACUACACUAAAGAUGGGGCUACACACCAUCCUUAACACUCAGCUGUUCUGUCCCUCUUCAUUCUUUUGUAGCCUCUCUCUCUCUCUGCUUCUCUGACAUUCCUUCAUUUUAAACUGAUGUAGAUGCCCUCUCCCUGUGGACAAACUGAACAAGACACUAUGACCACUUUGUGAUCUGCGAGUCCCUGGACUCCAAAACAGUAACCACUCAAAUCAGCUACAACACUACAACUACAACUCGUCUGGACAACACUACUUCUUUCUCCGACAAAAAAAUAAAGACGAUGGAUUCAUCUAAGAACUUUUCUAUUUCUUGGAGAUUAGAACUAAGACCGAUGAAGCUUACUGGAAAGAACUGUUGGGAACAGAGCGGGAUACUUUUUGGUGAAAUUUUACAUAAUGGCUUGAUACUUUGGAAGAAAUUGAGGGAAAUGUGACAUUUCCUUUCUCUCCUUAUAUAGUACAAAAAAAACGACCAACAACAACCGAUGUUAAAUGAUCUUAUCAGAUAUGUGUUCAGCUUCUGCUUCUGUUUUGGUCGUGGUUGUUCCUCUUCUUGCUUUUGCUCUGUUCCACAGUAAUGCACACGUGCCAAAUGACACUGCUAAUGCUGCGACUGCCAAUACUGAAUGCAAGAACUUCAUACACUGAAGACUUUUUACAACAGCUACAGUCAUCUGCUUUGUUUUGUGCUCAGUUUGUGUAAGUGACAGUCCAUUGCAAAGAUGCAUGGGGAUGCUGCAUUUUACUGUAUAUGAUUGUGAUCUAUAGAUUUAACCGUGGAGAUACUAGAAUGGGUAUACCUACAGACAGAAAUGGAGAGACAAUAAAAUGAUUGUACAUCUUGUUGAACACAGUAUAGUCGGUUUAUCUAUAAUGUAAGCCCCUUAACUAUAAUGUAAUUCUUGGGAGAUACCACAUGAAUCAGUAGGUGCAUUUCCUUUUAUAUCUGCAGGUCUGUGAUCUUAUGAAUGUGUACUAACAAGACUGUCUCUGAAAGUAUCUGGGUGGGCUAACUGGAGUGCCUCGUCUGAUGGGUUUGUCCAACAUGACAAGGGUAACCAAUUAAGGUGUCUUUUUUUUUUUUAAGCAGGUUACUCUUGUUGUGAAUACUGUCUACAGAACUCAGCAGUUUUAUGGGACAGUUAAACUUGUAAGAGUUGAUUCUUGUCAUUUGGAUUGUUUUUUUUACAAGAAACUAUUGAGUUCUGUAUGAUUGAAAACUUCACAAACCCAUGGUCUAACCUGGCUUUAAAGAAACAAGAGAAGUAAAAAAUGGGAGAAGACACAGUAUUGUCGUUUUGUUUUUUUGCCCACAUUUCUUGAGUUCAGUGCUUGUUGUGUAGAAAAAUGCAUUUUCUUAGUGCCGACUGAGAUGUAGAUACUUACUGAGCAGAUGAUUAAAAGAAGCACUAGGGGGGUAUAAUGUGUUUUUUCCUUUCUUUUUUUAAACUUUCCUUUGUUAUUUUUUCUCCAUACUGAUUAAAACACGACAGGCGGUGCCUCAUUUUGUCAAAGAAACAUGUUGCCUUUUCAAAAUGGACUGACUAAAAGAGAAUAGAUGAGCAAGGGUUUGUUUGAUAAUCUGUGUAAGGUGGACAAGACCAGAAUUUGACAUCAGAUAAAUUGAGAAAAAAAAUAAAAGCACAUUUAAACUAUAUAUACAAGAGAAUAUUUGUUAAUUUUAAUAGUUUAAUGUAUUUUUUUGAAUGUGGAUUUGGGUUUAAUUGUUUUGGGUGCUCUGGGUGAACGCAUAUGCAAUCAGUUUUUAUGUCGAAACAUUCAGUUUAUGUCUUAAUUAAAUGCAAAAUAAGUUAGCUAAAUGAAAUUCAAAGAUACUGGAACACUAAUGGAAAAAUCUGAUUAUUGACUACAGCGUAAUAUCUUUGCCUUGGCUCUUAAAGUUGCACAUUCUCAUUUAUGAAUGAAUUCUGUAACUAGCAAUACUGUUUUUAAUAAAAAGGAAAAUGAUUUCUCAGAGCUUUUGUUUUCUCCUGUCUUAUGUUCAUCACAUUAUUUCAUAACUUACAAAAGGGAUUAGGGUCCAAAAAGAACGACAUUUGCUGGGUCAUGAAAUUGUUUUUUUUUUUCUCGUGAAUUUGAAAAGCUGCCAGUAGGUGUCGCUGUCCGUGUGAGAGUGUGUUUUAAAUAACAACAGCCUGAGAGGUGAUAAACAUUAAAUCACUCUGGGACUUAAACGUCGUUGCCUCACACUUGACUCAUCGUUUGAAAACAGUUCUAGUGUCCAAAACGUCUCUGCUCCUGCAAAAGAAACACACAGCGCCCAUGUGGAUAUGCAGAGGUUCAUGUGGCCUGGUUAUAAGAUGCAGCUUCUUGCAGAGCUGCAGAAACAACAGAACAACACCCAGUUCUGCGAUACUCUUUUGCAAACCGAAGGUAUCUCAAUCCCCGCCCACAGUUGCAUCCUUGCAGCUCUCAGUCCCUACCUGUCUCGGAAGCUGUCAGCAUCCACCUCUCUGUCGGGUGAGAAGCACCAGCUCCAGCUGCAGGCUCUGAAAGCCCAGACCCUGCUUAAGCUGGUCGGUCUUCUUUACUCUGGGGAGCUAGAAGUAAAAGGAAGUGUGGAGAAAAAUGAUGUGCUGUCUGCAGCCCGCCAGUUGGGGAUCACAGAUCUUGUUGAAGGACAGAAUUGGCAGAUGAAGGAGAGAGAACCACAGAAAAAGGGUUCACUAUGUAGCAGAGAUAAAGAAGAGAGAACUGAAAGUCUAAAAAUGCAAGAUGCACAACAAGUCCAGUUAGACUUCGCUGUAGCGAGAACUGCAGAUUCUCCACCUGAAGAGAGAAGCUGUGUAUCCAUAGGCACACAAACUAUUGCAACUGGUGAAAAGGCUGUGAGCAGCUCUUUUACUCACUCCAGCCAAACUAAAGCUUCAACCCAAGAGCCUGCAUCCUCUCUACCUCAGUACAGUACAUUACUAACCCAAAACUUCUGCUCCUCUUCCUGCCCAACCAUACCCUUCAUGCUCAGUGAGGCAUCAAGUGAUGGAGCGUCUACAUUAGAUCCAUCCUCUGACAGCGUCACCAACCCCACAUCCACCUCUGCUUCGUCCAAAAAUGUGAUGGCUUUGCCAUUUUUACUUGAUGAAGACUCGAGCUCAAGCGCGACACCUCAGGAACACAUCGCAUAUCAACAGUCAUCUGAGGGGACAACAAAUGGCAAGAUGGCUGACGGUUGUGAAAACACAGAGGAGAUGAACCUCCAUAUCCAUCGAGAGGAUCCACGUAGAGGAGGAACAUGUACCUCUAAAGAGAAGAGGCAAGAUCAUGCACAUUUAGGGAUGAGGAGUCUAGCUAAGAUGAAGCAAAUGCACAAGAUGAUGGAGGCCACACAGAUUUCUAUCAAGGUGAAGCUGAGGAGGAGGACUGAAGAACAAGUGUGGGAGGUUGUGAAUAGGCAAGACUCCGAUGAAACAUUAGCUGCUCUAGCUUCCCUGCAACAGGAUGGCUCCAACCAUAAAAGGCCACAGACAGACCUUACAAAUGAUGCUCCUCCAUCCACAUCUGUCCAGCCAGAUUCAAUCUCUAAACCAAAGAGCCCGCCUCCUCAACUUGCCACCAGCAACUCCACUGACCCACAGCCACCUCACUCCGACACCACCUCCAACUCCCAGAUCCAAAAUGGUGGGCUCGAUCCGGUCCCGCUCCCCCAGCCUUCAGGCCAAGUGGAGGACUCUGAUGAGCAGAUUGAGAAGCUGCUGGAAGACAUCAUGAUGGGUCUGAACAUCCUGCCUAGUUUAGAGAGAGACCCUAAGAAGUCUCAUCUACUUCAACCGAGCAACGAGCGAGCGCCUGCCACCUGCCAGAUCCGACCUGCAGAGAACGAUGCAGUGACCGGUCAGAUGCAUGCUGGUGUCGGUGCAGCAGUGUGUGAAUGCUGCCAGGAUCUUGGGACACAAAUUGGCCUCUCUUCAACAGAAUCAGGUAUCCAUUGUUGUUUUAUACUUCAGAACCAGCCCAGCUGCUCAAGCCUUUCAUCUGUUCAGUCGGAUGUUGUACCAGCCAGGCAGCAGCAGCUGUGCUCUCCUCAAAAUUCAUACUCCGUCACAUCCAUGAGCGAAAGACCUCGACCGAGCCACCAGGACAUGUCGCUGUCUAAAAGUCCAAAUCCAAGCAAUGAAGUUCCCACAGCUGUAGUCAUUCCUGUAGCUCUCUACUGUACUGGGCAAAUAAUACAUUACCCAGAAGUCAAUCUUCACAAGUCUUCACAAGAGGAUCAGAACAGCCUGGAGAUUCUACCCCGGACAGAUGUUCCUGAUGCCCCAUCCUCACUCUCUGUUUCUUUACCAUGCAUGAAGGACUUCCAGCUCCCUCCAUGUCUCUCUCCUUUGGAGUCACCUUCCUCAGCAGCGAAACAUCCGUAUAACUUCAGCAACCCGACGAGCCAUAGCGACAAAAUCCAGCUGCAGCCAUGUCUGCAUAGGCCACCAUGGCUCACUGAAGACCCUGGAUCACUACAGUAUCCUCUCAUUGCCAUCACUCACAACAGAAGUACAAGUGGAUCUUCACCACGGGAGAAGAACAACGGCUGUUGGGAAAAGUGUCAGCAGGGGGAUCUGACUCCACAAACUGGAGGAACCUGUGCAGAGUCAGGCCAGGUGAAUGAACGAAGAACAAUAUCAGCAGAUCAGCACAAUGUAGAAGAAGGGAAGUCUCCACCCAAGAAGAUGAAGACAGAUGAGAAAUGUAAACAAAGUGAAGCAGAUACUGCAGCGCCUGGAAGGAGAAAGAGAAGUCGUCUCCAAGACGCUGCGGGUUCUCUUUCCCACAAAGAAGUGAACGAUGGUGAUGCAACACAGAGUCAGUUCAACAUCAGCGUUUGUUCUGUCCGUCUGUCAAGCAACAACGUGUUGGCAAAGAAAAGAGAACAGGCCACCAGUUCAUCAAACAUGCCCGACACUCCUGCAGCGACACAAAAUGAACCGUCAAAUAUUACAGAAAACCUGACGGAGAAAACCAGAGAGCCUCGUGGUGGGAUCAGGACCAGAAGCUUUUUGAAAAAAGCUCAAGAGACUGCAAAUAACACAAGCCCACAACAUUCCUCUGUUUUGAAAACUAUCGACCAUGAAGCAACGAUCGGGAACAAACAAGGUGAGUCAUGCCCCAAACGGAAACGUGGAAGGCCCCCGAAAGUGAGGCGUCAAAAGAGUCCAGAGAUCUCUCAUACCAUCAAUGAGCAAAAGGAUGACUCUGCUAAAAAUGAGCCCAACAGUAGUUUGUCAAAAGAGGAGGAGGGCAAAACAGCAGAGAGAAAGUGUGAGAAACGGAGGAGGAAUAGAAGUCGAGUUGGGGUAGUUCCUCUGAAGAAGACCUCAGGGGCUGAGAGCACAACAGAGAAAGACCUGAACAACAACGAGGAUCCAGCCGUGAGGAAACCCAAACAACCUUGCAUGGUCACUUUAAAGGAGUUUCAAAAGCUUUUCAGACAGCGGCACUUAAAAACCAGGAUGUCAGAAGAAAACUGGGAUGAGAAAAUUAAUAAAACCGCAAGAAAGGAAGAAAAUGAUGAAGACAGUUUCCCAAGAAGUGGAUGUGAAGAAUCAACCAAGGAGACAGAAAUAGAUCUCAUUCAGCCUGACGACACCGAGGGGAUCGGAGAGUCGCACAGUAUCUUUGAUGUCACAGUUGAUAAAAAACAAAAUCACAUUUUAAACAACAAGGAUAGUGAGUCACAGAAAGAGGAAACGCACAAGUCUACUGGUGAGGAGGCCCGUUCGUUUGGUGAAGAGCAGCACUCAGUGUUUUCCUCUGAUGUUUGGGGAGGAGAUGUGGAAGAGUUAGCAGUGGAGAGUGAGCAGCCACUCCGGAGUCAACAUGAAGCUCCGACUUGUGAUGGAGCAGUGUCAACACAGCGGACUAUCAAUAAUGGAGCUUCUCAUAAUGACUCCAAUUUGGCACAAGACAUUAUGCCUUUGGACCACAUUAUAAACCCCCAGACUCCUAAGAGGACUGGUCUGCCGCUGAUGGAUGCCGAUGGCUGUAAGAAGAGCUCAGGCUGUGAUCAAAAAGAAGUGAAUGAGGAGGAGGAGGAGGAAGUGGAGGUAGACGUUCUGCUUUGCUCACCGGACAAAGCGCCUCAGACCAGACAUUGUGAGAAUGGACAGGAAAAUGUGGACAUUAUUCCAGAGGAGGAGGAGGAAGAAGAGGAGGAUGUGAAUGAGAUUGAUGUGACUGGAGAUGAAGCAGAGUGACCUUUUGACCUUAAAUUGUAAUUGGUUUUUACUCUGACAUGUUAAGCCGUUGGUUGGACUGAGCCUAAACUUAUGUUCUAGUUUAUGGAUGUUCACAGAGAUUCCAGAGGAAGUGAGAUAAUUAUGUCCCUCCCUCUCUGUUUCCACCAUCAGUCAUCAGGUGAUUUAAAGCUUUGUCCAUGAAAGAAUCACAGACUGAGGGACAGUUUUGACCUCCAUUUGGUUCCAUUUAAAGGUUCAAUGUUAUGUUUGUUUUGCCAUUAACAAUAAUGCCUUAGCAUUAAUACAAAUAGGGAACCAAUGUUCUUGUUGUUUAGAUUUAUCCUUUGUAUUUGUAAAUAGUUUCAUUAAUUUUACAUUUUCACUGAAUGUUGAUUUGGCAGACUGAUUAGGUAAAAGUACUUGAAGUGAUGACGUGUUUAAAAAGGAACCUUAUUUUGAGCCUAUGUUUGUAAAGUUCAAUGUUUUUUAUGUGAAACAAAAAAUAUAAAUAGUGUUUAUAAAAUCAAUGUCUGUCAU